AUGUGGAGCCGCUACGUAUUGAAGCACCGUGUCGACAAGUACCAACAGGAUACACGAUGCCUGCUGCAACAACACCGUCAGAGUUUGGCCUACAUGGAGGUUCGAAAGGUUAAGAUUGACUGCUCAUUCUUACCUAAUUCGCGAUGGGGUAUAAUCGGGCAGGACCCGGCUUCACCUGCCUGGCUGCUCUAUCUGGAUGUCAAGAUCAGCCAGCCGAAGGACUGUUACCUUGCCAAUGCAAAGGUCGAAGUGACAUUUCAGUCGUUGAAUCUUCAUGAUCGAAGCAACACAACUCGCAGUCAGCUGGGUCCUGUUAUCACGGAUUACUUUGGACCCCAAAAAAUUGGAGAGAAGGUGAUCGCUCAAAGUUUUGGCAGUUUUGUUGAGCAUGAUGUAUCCUACUCCCUCCAACAUGGUAGUCUCAUGACCCCAACGAAGUGGUUGGUGGAGGACGCGGUAUCCUGUGGUGGGCUGCGUCUUGCACUCAUCCUCCAGCACGAGAUGCAGCCCUUCUCCAUAGCAGUUCAGAUCGACGGUAAACUUCAGGGGACAAAAAACAGAAGCUUUCGCUUUGCUCGCUCGAUCGAACAGGGCCACGUGAAUAGUUUAUCUCGCAUAGUCACGCCCUCUGGUACUUCCACUUUUCACUUGGACGAUAUUGCAUCCAAGCUGAAUGAUGAGAUGACGACACUGAACAUCAAGAACAACCGAAAUCCAUCCAACCCGAUACAGCGCACCAUUGGUCAAUCUGACACUGCCCGACAGGUGAGCUCAAAUACCGAGCGUACCCACGAUGACUACACCGUUGCUUGGAUAUGCGCUUUGCCGAUAGAGAUGGCAGCAGCGAAAGCGAUGCUCGAGGAAGUUCACACAGAUUUGCCAAUCCAUCCGAGUGAUACGAAUCAGUAUAUCCUAGGACGGAUUGGUCCCCAUAACAUUGUACUGGCUUGCUUGCCACACAACGUAUACGGCACCACCUCAGCCGCCGUGGUAGCCACACAUAUCCUCUAUGCAUUCAGACGAAUUCGAAUUGGUUUGAUGGUUGGCAUAGGUGGAGGCGUGCCUUCGAAGAAGAUUGAUAUGCGGCUUGGGGAUGUUGUUGUCAGCAGUCCCACUGGUCAUUUUGGAGGGGUCAUACAGCACGAUCUUGGUAGAAACAUUGGAAACCGAAUUCAAAUGACAGGAAGCUUAAACAAACCACCACCAGCUCUUCUUGCGGCAAUAGCGAGGUUACGAACAGAGCACUUAAUCGCCGAUAACAAGAUAACCCACCAUAUUGAUAAGAUGUUGGAGAAAAAUCCAUCGAUGAGGUCGUCUUAUGCUUGUUUGGAUUCGGAGCAGGAUCAGCUUUUCGAGGCUGAGUAUGAUCAUUUCGGAUCAGCGGCAACAUGCGAGGCAUGCGAUCCGGAGAGAAAGAUAGAACGGCCUCCUCGAUCGACCAGCUGUCCCAAGAUACAUUAUGGGCUUAUCGCUUCGGGAAACCAGGUCAUUCGGCAUGGCAUGACACGGGAUCGAUUAGCGGAGGAGUUUGAUGUUCUAUGCUUUGAGAUGGAAGCAGCAGGACUCAUGGAUAAUUUUCCUUGCUUGGUCAUACGAGGUAUUUGUGACUAUGCAGAUUCACACAAAAACAAAGUUUGGCAAGGAUACGCUGCAGCAACUGCAGCCGGCUACGCGAAGGACUUAUUGUCUGUGGUUUCCGUUGCCCAGGUGUACUCUACUCCUAUUGCAGCUACAUCUGCGACUUGA